AUGGACAAAUUUGGUUACGAACAGACCUUGCCCGUGCUAACUCGGCCAUCGGCCGCGGCUUGGUCUGUGGCCGAUCCGAUCCACCCUGACAACGUCCCCGUGCAAUCCCAUCCUAAUGUACACUCAACUGCCCAUAAUGAACAAACUUCAUCCCAGUCAUCUCCUGAAGCAACGCCAGCUCCUCCACAGCCUUCAAAUCCUCCGAUCGCCACUACAGCUCCAGGACCCAGCCGCAAUGCACCUACAAAGGUCCGCAAACCCCGCAAGAAUGCCAAUGCUUCUGCGGGGAAAUCAACGUUAUUUUGGGUCAACAGCGACCAGCAGACCGCAGCGGAGGGAACAAAAGAAGAGACUCUAAAAAGGAUCCGGUCUCAUGUGAUGUCCGAGCAUAAUCGGAAGAAGCGCAUUGAGAGUACAAAACAAUACAAUAAAAGCAAAUGGAAACACUCACCUUAUGAGCCGCCUACAAAGGAUACCGAUGCACUUGUAUCUUCUGGAUCUGCGCCUGCGUUGACAAGCCCACCUGCGAGUUCGGACAACAAUCGAAUAUCCGAUGAGCAAGACCCAGACGUCGAAGAAAUUGUACCCACAAGCGCUGUUGGAUACCCUGAGAUAUCGGAUACAUCUUGGGACGACACCAGUUUCGAUGGAACGAUGGUGUACCCCCCUGGGCCAUCUGUAUGGUCUUAUGUUGGACAAGGGGCCAAUGACCCCUUUAGUACCGGCCAUACACAUUUGACAGAUAGAAUGAUGCGACAUUUACGAGUCUUCCUAUGGGACCUCACACAAGAAGCACACCCAUUGCAAACGCGUUAUAAACCGAAACUGCAGGCGCAUUGGGCUGCUUUAAUUCAGCGUGACCCGGCAAUCUUACAUGCGACAAUUUGCAUGGCAACAUCUAACGAUGCUAUGCGUGCAGGCGAGCUACCCAUUCGAGACCCUAAUCAAAAGCGGAGUCAGUUGGUGAUUGAUACGUUUCACCACCGGGGUGAGACUAUUCGAUUGGUCAACGAGGGUCUGUCAGAUCCUGUCAAGGCUUCCAGUGACGCUCUGAUUGCUGCAGUUUCUACUUUAUUAACAAUUGAAAUUGCGUCAGGUAAUCCCGAUUAUCUCAAAAUCCAUUUGGCAGGAUUGCGACAGAUGAUCGCACUUCGAAAGAACUUUGACGAUGUCCCCUCAGAUGUUCGGUUCCAAAUUUCAUGGACUGACAUCCGAGUCGCUUGCAUGGCCCAUGCAAGACCCAUAUUCCCCUUUGUCCGCUAUCCCCGCCCAACGCGGCUCUCUAUCGUCCCACCCAACGACGACGUAGCAUUACUCUCGACCCGCCUCAUCCCUUUACUCAAAAUACCCGGCAUCUUCGGCGAAGCCAUGCCACAAAUUGUAUAUGAUCUCCUCGAGCUAUCCUGGUAUGCGGAAUGGAUCAAAGGCAAUACUGGAUACAAGGAAUUCAACGAGGAAACCGAGGAUUACUUCAACACAGAAGUGCUGCAUGUAGAAUACCAGCUGCACUCAGAUCGAUACACACCAACAGGCCAAGUGAAAUGCGAUAACUCUAUUGAGGGUUGUACUCGCCUGGCCUUACUAUUGUUCCACAACAGCGCCAUUUGGAACUUCUACCCAAUGAUAGGCCAAUUACUUCCCAAGCCGAUUCAGGCCUUGCGCACCGCACUUGAGGCCACCAUCCCAUCUGGUUUAUUCGCGCUGUGUCGCGACUUGUUGCUCUGGCUGCUCUUCAUGGGAGCAGCUUGCAGUGCAACCUUGCCAUCAGAGCGAGCAUUCUUUGUAGCUGAGCUGGCUACUGCUGCUCGGCUGCAAGGGAUCACUUCGUGGCAGGAGGCCCGCGCUCUUUUGCUAGGCUUCUUUUUUGUUGAUCGCAUUCACCUACCUAUGCUUCGUCAAAUUUGGGACGAGACUAUGUUACAAUUGGACCUGUCAGCACAGUGA